UAAUAAAGGUUGCGGCUUGAAAACCCUCUCAAACUCUUUCUCCUCCUCCUCCUUCAUCUCUUCCCGGCGCCGCCGUUCUCACCCCUCCCCUUGUCUAAAUGCUGAAUCCGCGGCGACUUCUCUACAGAACUCACCAUUUCCGUCAAUUCUCCCAAUCAGCGGCUGCCCUUCUCCUUGACGAUCCCCAUGUCCCUUUCUCCUACCUCGACGGGUUUCCAAAACCUGAUCCCAAAUACGCUGAAAUUAUCAAGGCAGUACCUCGCGCAAUCUCUGGCAAGAAUAUCUCUGCCAAGGAACGAAAGGUCGGUCGAGUCCCCAGCAUAGUGUUCGAGCAAGAAGACGGCCAACAUGGCGGCAACAAGAGACUCAUUUCGGUCCAAACUAAUCAGAUCAAGAAACUCGUUACCCAGCUCGGAAGGUCCUUCUUUCUAUCCAGGGUUUUUGAACUCGAGGUUCGCCCCGAUUUCGACUCCGAUGACAUUGUGGAGAAGGUUCGCGUCUUGCCUCGCCAGCUUCAUCUACAUGCUGGUACUGAUAAGGUGCUCAAUGUCACCUUCAUAAGGGCCCCUUCACAUGCUUUAUUAAAGGUCGAUGUUCCACUUGUUUUCAGAGGAGAAGAUGUAUCACCUGGACUUAAAAAAGGUUCUUAUUUUAACAUAAUAAAGAGGACUGUUAAGUUCCUGUGCCCAGCAGAUAUAAUCCCUCCAUAUAUUGAUGUGGAUCUGAGUGAGUUGGAUGCGGGUCAGAAGUUGGUGAUGCGAGAUCUGAAGUUUCAUCCCGCUCUCAAGCUUGUUCAAUCAGAGGAUCUACCCGUAUGUAAAAUUAUGGGAGGAAGGGCAUCUGAUAAGGCAGCCGAUCAACAAAAGCCAGCAAAAUAAUCUCUGAAUCUUUUUUGUUAGCCUCAGCAGAUUUGCAAACGGGCAAGAGAGGAUAAAGAUAGCCUGCCUUGUUCUUGCCCAGAGUAUAUUUCUCUUUCUUUUGAUCUCAAUAAUCAUAAUUGUCAUUUUGUUUGCAUUUGGAUGCUAUAUUAUUUGUUGCUGGUCAGACAAACGUUUCCAAAAGUUUGUAGAACCUUGGAAGGAAGUUAGUUCUCUCCAAUGCAUUUUACCAAUGUCUUUUACCUUUCACCUUAAGCGAGACAUAUUUAGUUACAACAACUAGGUAGUUCUUUGUCA